CCAAUCCCAUUUGCUCUGGAAAUCAUGUGACAGGGCAUGACUUUCGAUGUCAGGAAAUCUGCUCAACAGAAGAGUUUUCGGUCAAGAUAAUCAAGGACUGGGAAAGUUGAAGGUGGGGGUUAAUCAUCAUGUCUGGAUUCAAGGACACAAAUCUUCUAGUUCAAACUAUCAGCUCCAACAUACAGAGUAUAACACAGCAGACAACUGAAAUCCAGAAAAUAGUGAGCCAACUUGGAACUGACAAGGACACAUCAGACCUACGACAAAGACUGCAGCAGAAACAGCAGCAUGUCAACUACCUUGCUAAAGAAACGGAUAAGUGCAUGAAGGAGUUCAGCUCUUUACCAGUGACAUCUGAUCAGCAACGGCAGAGGAAGAUUCAGCGAGAGCGGCUUGUCAGUGACUUCUCCGACGCGUUGGGAGUUUUCCAGAAAGCCCAGAAACUGGCAGCGGUAAAGGAGAAGGAGUUUGUGGCCAGAGUACGAGCUAGCUCACGAGUUUCGGGUGGCUUUCCUGAUGACACAGUUGGAGGAAGUGUCUCACCCUUUGAAAGUGAAAGCCAGGGUCAAACCUAUGAAGGUGGUAUCACUGAAGAGGAUCUCAGUCUCAUCAAAGAGAGAGAGACAGCUAUCAGACAGCUGGAGUCAGACAUAACAGACAUCAAUGAAAUCUUCAAAGACCUGGCAGUUAUGGUACACGAACAAGGAGACAUGAUUGACAGCAUAGAGGCCAAUGUAGAGAAUGCGGACCUGAACGUGCACGCCGCUACACAGCAGCUGGCUAGUGCUGCGAAUUAUCAGCAAAAGUCUCGCAAGAAGAUUGCCAUAUUGAUCGUCAUCCUGGUGGUGCUGGCUGUGAUUGUGGGUCUCAUCAUCUGGGGCUCACUCAAAGGAUGAGAAGCCCCUCUUACAUGAAUUCUCCCAUGCAACUGCUGACGUGCCUCUGGAGGCACGGAUAGAAAAAGCACUAUAGUUGGCCACAGCUUUUAUGGCUCUGUAUUCUGAACACAGAUUUGUUAAGUUCUUGGACUAAAUCACACUGAGAGUGGGAAUCUUCUGAUGGCAACCAUUUUUAAUCUGAGGCUAUGAUUAUUCUGUGUCUGUUUAAUCAUUGCAGAAUUUCCCUUGUGGGUGAAUCAGAUGGUCACUCAGAUACACAGAACAGCUGGUUGGACAGUUUUCAUUAUUUUAACUUCCAGCCCAUAAAUUCAUAUUGUCAUUAUUUUCUGUAAUUUCACUUCUUUCUUUUGGGUGGACAGUGUAUGGCUCUGCUUUGUGCUGGCAGAACUAAUGAAAGCUAGCAAAUUUCUAAUUAGAAGAAUGUUAAUUUUUAUCAUUUAAGUUAAUGGGCAGAUUUAGUAUUACCCUUUAUUUGGCCUCUUUUUAUUUAAUCUUAUUUGAUCAGUACAUAAAAAUCAGACUUAAGAGGUUAAGUCUACUGGGGUCCCAUUGGAGAUAUUCCUAAAGCUAAAUGAAGGAUUGUGGUAAUUUCCACAGCUUCAGUAAGUUAAAGGAACAGCUUCAGCAGAAUAUCCUUAAACUGCUAAUCAACCGUGCUCUGCUCAGCUUGAAUAUGUGUAAUUUUACUUUGUGGGUUUUUUUUUUUUAUUACUUCAACAUAAAAGCAACUAACACUUCAUUUGCUGUUCUGUAUGAAAUGGGUGUUACUCGGGUGGACUACAGACACAUUGUCAUAAGUGUAUAUACAGUAGAUAAGUGAGUGGUGAAUACAUAGUAGAUAAGACCUCAAUCUUGUCCAAGCAGGAGAGGUCCACCUUUUACAAAACUACAUUUACUCUUUAAUGUUUUCUGUUUGCCUCCAUUUAUCCUUAAGUGAACUCCAUGAUGGCUAUGGAGCUUCUCAUGUAAUGUUAUAAUCUGCAUACUAAAAUCUGCCUUGUUUUGAGAUGAGUUGAUUUUGACUCUACAGGAUAUGUAAGAUUAAUAUGAAUCACCUCAGUUGCAUUAACUCUUUUGAUGUUACCCUGUUUUUUCAGCUAAUGUUGUUACUCAUCAAUAGUUCACCUAAAGUAAAUGGUAUCAUACCUACACCAUGCAACACUACCAGAAUUGUGGCAUUUCAGCAGGUUUUUUUUUUUUUUUUUUUAUAGCUAUAUAAUGACCAAAUAUGAUGUAUGUAUGAGUAAAUAUACGACAGAUGAAUAUGGAGCUUAACGUAUUCCAUGCUGAUUUAGAUCGCACUCCUGUUCAUUCCAGCAGCAACUAUCUUGUACAAAGUCUAAAUGAUGUGCCAUUUAAAGAGUCUAAAUGAUGUGCCAUUUAAAGAGUCUAAAUGAAGCAUUGAAACAUGUGCCACCUUACUACAAAAGACUGUACCCAGACAUAUUGGUGACCAUAUACCUUGUGAGUUGAGGCAAUAUCCAUUUUAUCCUUUAUAUAAAUGUACAUAAUAGCUAUAUUUCUGGAAUGUUAUAGUCCUUCAUAUCUUUUUACUAAGACCAACAUAUAUUUCUUUAAAACCAGUAUCAGGUCACAUGGGUGUACUCAUGGUGUGGAGUGUCUUAACAGGAAAAAAAAAAAAUCACAUUAAAUUGUGGAUUUGGUGUGGAAUACAUUUUUUUUUCUACAUGCAACACAUUCAGCAUUUGCACAUUGUAGACAGUUUGAAUUACUGUUUCUGUGUUGUCAUAUAACACCCCAUUAAUUCCCUUCGUUUUUUUUAUUUGAAUAUAUUCAUACAUUUAAGAGAUUUUGUACCUGUAUCAUUUUAACAACGUCAUCAUUUUUUUAAAUGUCAGCUCUCAAAAGAAAAUUUAAAUGAAAUGCAUCCUACAUAUAUUUGCAGCUUUAAAAACAGUAAAUAAGAUGAGAUGAUCAGAUGAUCAAUUUCCAUCCUGUUUAAUAAAGAUCAUUUGAAAUGAU